AUGCAGAACAUGGAAGAGAUGAAGCUCCUUUGUCUAACCAGCACACUGAUUUGUAUUUUCUCUCUGACGUGUGGAAAGAUUUCAGAGUACCAGCUGGAGACGGAGAGUCUGAGUCAAUGUGAGCAGCUUAGGUCUGUCAGUGCAGAGCAGGAGCGUCAACAUGUUCCACAGUGCUUUGAGGACGGUCGCUUCAGGCAUGUUCAGUGUAACCGUGGAGGUGGAGAAUGUUGGUGUGUGAAUGCAGAAGGAUUUGAGAUACCUGGGAGUCGACAAAAUGGAUCCUCAGUUUAUUGUUUAACCACCUGCCAGCUCCAGAGACAGCGGGCACUGCAGACUGAAGAUGCCACCCUGGUGCCCGUGUGCUUGGACUCAGGUGAGUACCAGCAGGUACAGUGUGAUGCGUCUCGCAGCCAGUGCUGGUGCGUCGACCUAGAGGGCAUGGAGAUCUAUGGAACCAGGCAGAACGGAAAGCCAUCCAAAUGUCCUGGUACUUGUGAGGUGAGAGAACGGAGACUGCUUCAUGGUAUUGGAGAGCGUUCUCCUCCUCAGUGUUCAGAUGAUGGAGGCUUCUUACCUGUGCAGUGCAAGUUUGUCAACACCACUGACAGGAUGAUCUUUGAUCUCUUGCACACUUUUAACAGACAACCAGAAGUGUUCCAGACAUUCAGCGGUUUCAGAAAGGCUUACCCAGAGCUCUCUAGUUAUUGUUUCUGUGCAGACAGUCGUGGAAGAGAGAUGCCAAGCACAGGUGUGGAGCUGUUGCUGGAUGAGGUGUAUGACACAGCAUUUUCAGACCAGACUGCAGGAAGUUCAUUUGCAGAGUCAAACAUGUAUCGGAUUCUAAACCGUAGAUACCUUGCUGUCCAGUUGGCCAUAAAUGGAAAAUUUAGAUGUCCCAGCCCGUGUGAGAGUGAACGGGCUGCAGCUUCUCAGGCUGGUAAUUCCUUUGUACCCUCCUGUACCGACAAUGGGGCGUAUGUGCCAACCCAAUGUCAGUCUGGUGGGCAGUGUUGGUGUGUGGAUACUUACGGCAAAGAGAUCUUUGGCACCCGACAGAAUGGAGUACCAAAAUGUAGCACUGGAGUGAAAGACUGCCUGUCUGAGAGGAGACAAGCCCUCUCCAAGCUCUUUUAUGGCCCAGCUGGAGACUUCAGCAAGAGCAACGUGUUCUCCUCUUCCAAAGACACCGUCUCUUUUCUUGGUACUUGCAGCCCUGAAUUCCAGGAGCUGUUGGCCAACUCCGGUCUUCUGCAGUCAUUGCCAGAGUUGGAGCGUCCAAAAGUCACAAACAUCCUGGCAGAUGUUCUCCAAGGGAUGUUUCCCUCUGGCGCUCUUGCCCUGAAGGCUUUAGCUCUCGCCCAGAAUCCCAAGAGACUUCAGGAGAAUCUUUUUGGAGGGAAAUUCCUGAAGAACGCUGGAAAUUUCAACUUCUCAGGGACUGUUGGAGACAGUGGCACAUUGAGCUUUAGACAAAUUUUCAGUCAGGUUGGUCUGACCCAAGUUGUGACAGACUUAAUGCAGUUGGCUAAGACCUUCACAGACAGCUCUGAAAAUCUUAAUCUAGACCAGGAGAUCUCUGAUGCGUUUGGUCGAUCGGUAAACCUGAAAAACAACAGAGAAAUGAUUAAGCUUGUUUCAAUGGCUCUUGAGAAUACGCAUUUUCUUUCUACACUUCGAGUAGCGAUCAAACAGUUGAAGGCAGAAGAAACAACCCAGCUGGGUUCAUUGUUUCGUGACAUUUUCCAGAAAUCAGAUGUUUGUAAGCCUAUGUCUUCCAGCUCAGCUCCAUACCUGCCCCAGUGUACUGAGGAUGGACUGUACCAGGACGUUCAGUGUCAGGGCUCUGAGUGCUGGUGUGUGGACUCUCGUGGUCUGGAGGUACCAGGUUCUCGCACCACUGGAUCCAGGCCGAGAUGCCCAUCCCAGUGCGAGAAAGAACGUCAGAUGGCAAUAGCAGUGAAAGCCAGCAGCUCUGCAGGAUCUGAGGUCUUCAUUCCUAAAUGUGAGACUGAUGGUGCUUACGUUGCACGGCAGUGUCUUGGCAAAAGUUGUUUCUGCGUGGACAGAUCUGGAACCAAACUCGGCAUUCAGAGUUCAGGAAGUUCUCUUCAGUGCCCAACCAGCUGCCAGGCCAUAGCGAUUCAGCAAUUCCAGUCUACAAUCCGCUCUCUUCUCUCUGAUCCACUUUCUGUAACCCAGCUUUCUGAAAUAUACAUUCCUCGAUGCUCCUAUGAUGGCAGCUGGCACCAGAUCCAGUGCGAUGGACCUCCAGAACAAGCCAUUGAGUUCUACCGUGAGUGGGUACGGAUCAUAAAUUUGGGACAAGACCUGCCUGCCUCUGAACUUCUGGGAAUUCUACAAACAUAUGCAAGAAACACACAAGCAAUGGCAUCAUUUAGAGCCUUUGUAUCUGAAUUGUUCAAAACUGGACACCACAGAGUGUUCCCUGUCCUAGCAAGAUUUCAGAAGUUCUCUGAUAUUCCAUCAGAUCUGUUAGACGGGAACAGUGAAGCGGUUUAUGGACCAUCAGUUUACUUAAACCCAUUAUCCUUAUGGCGACUAAUCAGAUUAGAUGAUUCUGGUUAUCCAGGUCUGCUCUCUGACUUCAGCGUUCCUCUUGGAAGCUUUGAUCUACGUCAGUGUUGGUGCGUUGAUCUUGAAGGAGACAUGCUAGCAGGUAGCAAAGCUCCUGUUGGGCAAAUCCCAAAAUGCCCAGGUCCUUGCUCUGUGGUUCAAAGACAGGUCUCUGAGUUCCUAAAGCAGGCAGAGGAGCUGAUCUCUGCCUCAAACAGCACACAUGUGCCUGUGGGUUAUGGUUUUCUGCUGGCUGAGAGUGUGUAUCUGAGCCCUGAGGAGCUGGAGCAGACGAGAUCCUCAAUGAUCCCUGUCACUCAGACUCUUCUGAGCAACACCGACACAGCACUGAGACUCGCAGCUCAUUCCACCUUGCAAUUCUACUGGCAGAGCAGACUUAUGGCCAGUGACAGAGAUAGACAAAGUUUAAUGUUGGGUUACCAGCCUUAUAUCCCACAGUGUGACGCUUAUGGCCAGUGGCUGCCUAAUCAGUGCUACCAAAGCACAGGUCUCUGUUGGUGUGUUGAUGAAGAGGGUCAAUACAUCGCUGACUCUCUGACGUCUCGUUCCUCACUACCUCAGAUGUGCCAAACUUUAUGCCAGAGGCUCCAAAGUCACACUUUGCUCUCUGACUGGAGACAAACAAGCUCUAAUAUCACUUACACAUACAGACCGUCAUGUGAAGAGGAUGGUGAGUUUUCAGUACUCCAGAAGGCCACUUCUGGCCAUAUGCAGGGGUUUUGUGUGAGCCCAAUAACUGGACGAUUCAUUCAACCAGCCAUCACCAAUUCCUCUGGAGAACUGCAAUGUCCAGGCUGGUGUUCUCUGCAGAAAACUCUGGCACUGCAAAGAGAAGUUGCUCUCGGGUAUGAGCCUGAAUGUGUGCAGGAUGGGCAGCACUUUUCACCCCUGCAGUGUGACCUGUCAGAUUGUUGGUGUGUUUCUGAUAGUGGAAAGGAGCUUCCAAUGACACGAUCACCCCGCAGCACAGGACAAACCCCAGCCUGCAACAUUCCUGAGUGCCCUCUUCCAUUUGGAGACAUUUCCCAUGGUGCCGUACUCUGUAGCUCUACAAAUGUUCCGGGUCAGCAGAUGCAGCGCUGUGAGCUGUACUGUGACCAAAGUUACGUCAACACCCUUCCUGUCGCCAGCUUCCUCUGUGAUCCCCAGGCGAAAAACUGGCUUGAAGAUGCUCCACUUUCUAAUGCCUGCCAAAAGCCUCAGGUAUUGCAGACAGUGCAGGUGAGCGUGCAGCUCCAGCUGUCUCUGAAUGAGGGUCAGCAGAGUUGCAGCACUCAGAGUGUUGAUCUACAGGCUGCCUUGCUGAGAGACAUGAGAGCUACAGGCCUCUGCAGCCUACAGCUGACCUCCUCAGGCCAGACCAGCUCUGUUUCAGUCUGUGACGAGUCGUCUGUGUCUCUUGAGUGUUCGAAUGACAAGGAAGUCACUGCACGCAUCACCUUAAUGGCCCGCCUUUCUGACCUACCAUUGGCUGCUCUUCCUGAUCUCCAUGACAUUGAUACGGCUCUUAGCGAGGAGAGGUUGUUAAAUGGUUUGAAGAAAUUAAUCCUAAGUGGGUCAUACCAGUCCAUCUUUCUCUCCGACCAUUCUCUCGCUCUCUCCAGUCCUCCUUCAUUUAGCUGUAUGACAGGCUAUUCGCAGCUCCCACAAUCCACUGGGUGUGUGUUAUGUCCAGCUGGGUCUUUUUUCAGUGGUGGUGUGUGUACUCCGUGUCCGCGUGAUACUUUUCAAGAGGAUGAAGGGCAGGUCUUUUGCUCUCCCUGUCCCGCAGGAACCUCCACUGUGGCCCAGGGAGCCUUCAGUGCUUCUCAUUGCCUUACUGAGUGCAAGAAGAGUAAACUGAGUUGUACAACGAAAGGAGACUUCCUAUCAGCACAGAAGGACCCUGUGUCUGGAAAAUGGAGGUGUGUUUCUGCACAGGGGGAGGAACUUACUUGGACGUCAUCUGAUGGUCUGUUGACUGUUGAAGAAUGUAAAGUAAUGGAAAAGUUUGAGGUGGUUUCCUCAUCCUCCCUGCUGCUGAAAUCAGAGAGUGCUGACACACUGAGCUCUGAUUCCUCAAGUCAGCCAAAGGAAACACAACUCAGGAAAUGUGUGCUUGAUUGUACCCAGGACGAUUCCUGCCUAUAUGUGGCUGUUUUCAGUGAUGAAGAGAAAACUCACUGUGAGAUGUACAGCACAAGUGCAGAUAAUGUUGAAUGCAGGACCACUGAACCAAGCAAAGGAUUUCUGGGAAACGACGGCGCUGAGGCGUUCCAGACUCUCAUCUGUGUUCUGAAAAUAAAAGGAGAUGAACCUGAUCUCACAGUGCUGAGAAAGAAAGGUUAUGAAUUCAGCACAGCGGGCCUGAAGAGAUUUGAGAGGCUGAAUUUCCGCAAGGCUGGUUCUGGAGUGUAUCGCACACUUGUGUUUGAUGCUCGUGGAUCUGCUCUGGCUGACGUCCAUCGCUUCUGCGUCGACUCUUGCGGUCGCGAGACCUGCUGUGAUGGAUUCAUCCUCAACCAGAAUGUCCUCAACGGAGGCUCUAUCAUGUGUGGUUUUCUGACUGCUCCGACAGUGCUGCAGUGCAGUGAAUCAGACUGGGAUGUGAAGAGUCUUUCCUCUUCCAGCCGCAUCUGUGGUGCUGGUGUUCAAUACAGCAAACAGCUCAAACGUUUCACUUUCAGCUUUGGCGGACAGAACUUCACCAUCACUGAUGCAGCCUUACCAGCAUCCAGCAAAAACAAAACCGGUUACCAGGAAACUCUGAUCAGCUUCCAGCGUGUCUACCUUUGGAAAGAGUCUGAUAUGAACACGCGUGCAAAAACUCUCUCGGCUUGCAGUGGAUCUGCUGUUGGCGAGGAUUCUAGAAGUGCACUUUCUGACUCAGUGAAGGAGGCUUUUGAUGUUCUGGACAGUGGCGAUGUGAAUGUAGACCCUGAGAGAGAACUUCCCAAUCAGCUUUACUGGAUCUUUAAACACCAGUACUCUUUCCAGGAGGCUCAGCUUUGGUGUCUGAAACGAUGUGAAGAAGAAGAGCUGUGUCAUGUUUCUGACAUCCGUGAUGAAGGCCCUCUGUAUUUUGCAUGUGUUUUAUAUCCUGACACACGUGUGUGCGGAGCAUAUGACAAACCUCUCAGACAGACAUGCAGUUUAGUGAUGACACAGAGUCUGCAGACCGCAUACCAAAAGAAAGUAUCUCUGACUGGAAGUGUGAAGAGUUUCUACAGCCGUGUUCCUUUUAAGAAGAUGGUUUCAUACUCUGUACGCAGUCGAGUCAGUGUGUCCAGUAAACCUAUUACAGAAGGGUUUUUCGAGUGUGAGAGGCGAUGUGAUGAAGAUCCAUGCUGCCGUGGAAUAGGAUAUGUCAAAGACUCAGGUGUAGCUGGAUCAGAUGUGUUGUGUCUGACUCUGAAUAGUCUGGGCAUCCAGACGUGUGGUGAAAAUGACAGCACUAGCUGGAGGAUUCAGGACUGCUCUACUUCUCAAGUCCAAACUCAGCUCUAUCCUUUCGGCUGGUAUGAAAAGCCAGUGAACCAGUGGCCAAAGAAUCCCGAUGUCUGUCCGCCAUUUAGUCUCCGCUCUCCUUCAAAAAAUGCUGAUUUGCAGAAGUGGAAGAAGUUGGAUGCCGUCUCUGUGUACGUGGACGCAUCUGUAUCAGCUUUUGACAUUGUCCACAUAAGCAAAGACAUAGCAGAGGACCUGGAUAAAGUCAAGAACUGGUGUCUUUCUGCCUGUGAGGACAGUGAGUCCUGUUCGGCUGUGUCCAUUGAUAGCAGAGAGUCAGCUGUGAGAUGUGUGAUGUAUCCAGACACACACACCUGCCUUCCUACGACAAGCGGCCGGCGCUGUUUACUAGUCACCAAAGAGCCUGCUCAAUCUGUUUACAUCAGAACAGGUGUGCAGCUGGAAUUCACCUCUGUGUCCAUCCCUGAUCAUGGCACACUUCUUGGAGAGAGUGAGGUAAAACCGAUAACUGGCUCAGAUAGCAAGCGUGUGACUUACUUCUUGGGUGUCCCUUAUGCUCGUCCACCAAUCGGAGACCUCAGAUUCAGCCCCCCACAGCCUGCUGACUGGACCGGGACCUGGAACGCCACAUUUUCCCGAUCCAGUUGUCUUCAGCCCGGUGAUCUCACUGACUCCACUUCUAGUGAAGACUGUCUCUACCUCAAUGUUUUUGUUGCCAGCAGUGUGGAAAAGAAUGUGCCGGUUCUGGUGUUCUUCCACAACUCUGCAUCGGAUCUUCUAGAUGGUUCAUACCUCGCUGCUGUUGGCAACAUAAUUGUAGUGACGGCCAGUUUUAGAGUGGCUGCUUUUGGAUUCCUCAGUGCAGGUUCCAGUGCUCUGCCGGGGAAUUAUGGGCUGCAGGACCAGGCAGCGGCUCUGGGAUGGGUUCAGAAGAACAUUGCACUUUUUGGUGGAGACCCCACUAAAGUUACAGUCGGGGCAGAGAGAAACGGAGCUGACAUUGCGAGCCUUCAUCUCACCUCUCCAUCAGCUUCAUCACUCUUCAGUCGAGCUUUAUUAAUGGGAGGCUCAGUGUUUUCUCCAGCUGUUGUAAUGAGUUCAUCCAAAGCCCAAGCACAGACUUCAUCUCUGGCCAGAGAACUGGACUGUCCGGCCGCUGAUCCUUCACAGCUGCUGGACUGCCUGAGGAGCAAACCAGCUCACAGCAUCAAUGCUGCGCAGACCAAGUUGUUAGCUGUGAGUGGUCCACUGCAAGCCUGGUCACCUGUGGUUGAUGGAAAUGUAGUUCGGGAAAAGCCUUCUGUGGCUCUUCAGUCCGGACGCUUCCACAAAGCUGAAAUAUUAUUGGGGUCUUCAUUUGAGGAUGGACUCAUCAGCAGAGCCAAGAACAUCAAGAAUUUUGAGCAGCUUCAGGGAAGAGCUGACAGUAAGACAGCGUUUUAUGCAGCCCUGUCCAACUCUCUGGGUGGAGAUGAUGCCAAUGCUUUUGUGAAGGAGGCCGCGACCUGGUUCUACUCUUUACAGCACUCGCCCACACCUUCAGGAUACAACGUGUUCUCACGUGCACUGGAAAACGCUACCAGAGACCUCUUCAUCAUCUGUCCCACCGUGGAUAUGGCUGAAUUUUGGGCAGCAAACACACAGACUGGUGUUUACAUGUACCACUUACCUGAAAACGCUGCUUAUAACAGUGUUGACCUGUCAGUUCCAAUGGAUGUGCAAUAUCUCUUCGGAGUUCCUCUUGCCGCAGAAAAGCGUGACCUCUUCAGCUACAAGGAGAAAACAUUCACCCUGCAAAUCAUGAACUACAUGGCAAACUUCAUAAAGUCUGGAAACCCCAACCUGCCUCUUGCAGCAUCAAGAACCUCCUUCGGUAAAUUCUUGCCCCCAUGGCCACAGUUCAUGCCUCAUGUAGGUGGACGGGCCUAUAAAGAGCUGUCAUCGACUCUUGUGAACCGCAAAAACCUCCAGCGAUCUCAGUGUUCCUUCUGGUCUCAGUAUGUGCCUGCUUUGACCAGCUCCACAGCCAAAUUCUCAUGUGGGACCUCAGCGGAAGAGACCGGUGUUCAAACCCCAACCCAAGAGCCCAAGCCUCUCACUCCUGCCAGCUUCACUCUGACUCCAAGCAGACAGAAAUCUGAGAAAGAUGCUUACAAUUAG